GCUGCGGGUGACGCGGCCGCGGAAGCCUGGCGCGCCGACACCCCGGUCGGUCCGCGGUCCUGCCCGGAGCCCCGGCCUCCCUCCCGCCGGCCGCUCCGGCCUGUCCUCGCCCUCCGGCCCCGCGCCUCCGUUUCGGGUGCGAACGACCGCCGGUCCCUGACCAUGGCGUCCCUCUUCAAGAAGAAAACCGUGGACGAUGUAAUAAAGGAGCAGAACCGAGAGUUACGAGGAACACAGAGGGCUAUAAUCAGAGAUCGAGCAGCACUGGAGAAGCAAGAAAAACAGCUGGAAUUAGAAAUAAAGAAGAUGGCCAAGAUCGGUAAUAAAGAAGCUUGCAGAGUUUUAGCUAAACAGCUUGUACAUCUACGGAAACAGAAGACACGAACUUUUGCUGUUAGUUCCAAAGUCACUUCUAUGUCCACACAGACAAAAGUGAUGAAUUCCCAGAUGAAGAUGGCUGGAGCCAUGUCCACCACAGCGAAGACCAUGCAGGCGGUGAACAAGAAGAUGGAUCCACAGAAAACAUUACAGACGAUGCAGAAUUUCCAGAAGGAGAACAUGAAAAUGGAGAUGACUGAAGAAAUGAUCAAUGACACCCUUGAUGACAUCUUUGAUGGCUCUGAUGAUGAAGAAGAAAGCCAGGACAUUGUGAACCAAGUUCUUGAUGAAAUUGGGAUUGAAAUCUCUGGAAAGAUGGCCAAAGCACCGUCCGCUGCCCGAAGCUUACCAUCUGCCUCCACUUCAAAGGCUACAAUCUCCGAUGAAGAGAUUGAAAGGCAACUGAAAGCAUUAGGGGUAGAUUAGCAGAGAAGCCAGUCUAUUUGCACUUACAAUAUGUAGUAUAAAGCAAGCCAGUGCAGAUUACUUUUACAAAACACAUUUAUUUUGCAAAUAUGAAGCCCAUGAGUGAACAGUUGUUUCGUAACCCAUGGCUAUUUUGAAUAUUUUGCCAAAGAAUGACAAGAACGCAAAAAUGAGAACAGUUUGGGUUUUAAUGAGAACAAUUCAGGAGUGGUGAUGUGUAAAAGUUGACUUCUUUUCUGCAUGGCAUAGAAAAAUGGUAUCAUUACUUAGUAUCAGUUUAUGUGCUAAAUCUUUUUACACAGAAUACAAAUUCAUGUUAAAUGCCAGUAGGCAUCAACUUAACAUGACUUGUAAAAUAUUAAAAGUAUAUUGUUAACUCUGUAUCUGUUGCUUGUCCUUUGAAAUUAGUUAUGUACUCUGAUCAUAGGCGGUUCAGCUGCCAAAUUAUUUUUAAAUGAUCAGAAAAAGAGCUAUUUAAACAUCUGUCUUAAAACUAUCCUGACUUUUUCUUUCCCCCCCUUUGGGAGAAUAUUCUGGUUGGUAAGUUUAUUACCUUUCAAAGUGUGCUCGGCACCUGCCUUAUAUAGCACAAACAUAUUGUGCACAUCUUUAAAUUAUUUUAACUGGCAGAAAAUAAUUACAUUUUAAGAUAAAAUUGAGGCUUCUUAGAACAGUUAUUCAAACUCUCUUUUAAGACUUAUGAAAGUGAAUUGAAUAUAAUUAGCAAAAAGAAAAAAGGACACAGAAUUAAUAACAUUUUAUAGUAAUGAAACAACAUGGUUUGGUCUUUCCAAGAACAGAUUUUCUAUAUGUAAAUACCUUAAUCUGUCCUGAAUUAUGAAUGGUGUUAGUGUGUGUUAAGCCCUCCAAAUUAAAGCCAUUCUUUCUUCUAAACUGAGUUAUUACUACUAUAACAGUAUUUGGCCAAGAUUUUUCAAAUAACCUUUUUUUUUGGUAAAUAAACUGAACUUUGCUAGAAAUUACUUUCUAAAUGUGUAUCACUGUGGUAGCAGGGUUUUGGUUUAUUUUUGUUUUUAAGGAAAACUUGCUAUACAAUUUUAUGUAUAAAGCAAGAGAAAAUGAAGGGUACCACAAGAAUUAGAAUAGAAUUUAGAAUUAGGUUAAUUUUGAAAACUGAUGUUGUAACAUAUGGAUUCUGACACCCCUCCCACACACAAAAAUGCUGAAGGAAUUGAGAUCUGUGCAGCUGGGUUAGUUGAAAAUAAUGGGCAUUCUGACUGCUGCUAAGUAGUCACGCACAUCCUGGGCCUAGCACAUGGCAUGGUUUGGUGCAAGGGCACAACACCAAGCCAUCUAGUUCAGAAGUGUGGCCAUUUUGUAAGCUUCAUUAUUGAAAGUCUUAAGUACACAAUUCACAUUUCCCAGGACAGAGUUGUGUCAAAACAUUGUACUGUAUUAUGGGGUGUUGGCUCAGAACAUGUGUUAGAUGUACAUAAUAAUGCAAUCUAACCUUACUUACUUUCACUUUCUUGUUUACAUCUGGGGGACUUUGUUUUUAAAAUUAUUUUGUUAAAAAACAAUAAAGAGUUAUUGCUUAUUA